AGUAUACAAAAAUGAAUUAAAUAAAUGUUGGAGUUUCGGACACGGUCGGAGUAAUCUGACGCCCCCACCGCUAGUUGCUACUGUGCUGGAAUUUUGAUAUAUUACAAGCUUUUUUGGGUUCGAAACUAGGGCACAAAGGUAGGGUUUGUUUUGGGGAAGCUGGAGGGUUCAGCCAUGGCCGCGGAGUCUGCGACGGUAUCAGAGGUCCACGAACCCACCGCGGAGCCACAAAACCCGAUCACAGCCGACAUGGACCUUGAAACCCUGGACUCUGCUCCGAUCCACCCGGACGGAGACGGUGAGGCUCAGGCCAAUGGUGGGGGGAAACCGAAGCGUGUUCCAGAGGGGGAUGCCGUGUCAGAUGACGAAGAUGGCCGCGUUUCUAAGAAGCUGAAAGUGGAGAAGUCCGUGGAAGAAGAACGCUUGGAGAAUAAAGAGGGAAGCGAAGACGUGGAAGGAACCGAAGGAGAGGAAAAGAAAACGGAUGUUGUGAGUUUGGGUCCGAAGAGUUUUGGUUCAGCCGUGGAGAUGUUUGAUUACUUCUACAAGUUGCUUCACUACUGGCCUGCAAAUCUCGACCUCAACAAGUAUGAGCGCAUGGUGCUAUUGGAAUUGCUGAAGAAGGGUCAUCUGGAGCCGGACAAAAAAAUUAGGGGAGGGAUCAAGGCUUUCCAAGUCCGAAACCACCCAAUGUGGAGGAGCCGCUGCUUCUUCCUGAUAAGGGAAGAUGAUUCCGUGGAUGAUUUCAGUUUCAGGAAGUGCGUGGAUCACAUACUUCCCUUGCCUGAAGAGAUGAAAGCGAAGUCUGAUGUUAGUAAGUCUCUGGGUGGAAAAGGGCGUGGCGGCAGUGGCUGGGGCCGUGCAAGAGGGGGUAGGCGGAGGAACUGAGGCUUUUAUUCUAUUUCAGUCGAGAUAUGGCGCUAUAAGUUAAAAAAAAAAAAAAAAAAAAAAAACCAAUCAUGCUGACUAGGUUUCUUCCCUGUCUUGCAUCCAAAAUUUGAUUCUGUGGCUUUUUGUGCACCGGCACUGUUGCAAUGCGGGUUAUUAUAUAAUAUGCCCUCUGUGUUUAAUGA